GCUCCGCGCCCUCUGCGGACGUCCGCCACGAGCUCGCGGGGCGCCCCAUCUCCUGGCACCUAGAGGUGGGGAGGGUAGAGGGUGUCGGUACCACCGAUUCCGCCCUCGACUCUUCUCGGACUGCCCCGAGCUUAGACAAAGUCCCGAGGUGGGCCCAGGAGGAAGGAGGCCAGGAGCGACUUCGUCCCAGGUAGGCUGUGCCCUGAAGCGCAGGAAGGACGGGUUACCUUAAUCUCCUUGAGAGACGCCGAGCACUUUGGGUUCUUGCGGCGCCUUUUGUUGAAGAUCGCCCUAGCGCUGCUUUGCGAACAGGUAAGUAUGUCUAGUGGUCAUUUUGUUUAUUACCCGCUUAUGUAUGUGACCGUGGUGUGUUUAGGCCAUUAUGUGUUAAGGAAGUAAUUUGCCUCGUGUUUGAGUGCCCUAAAUUAUCCUUGAGCCCUGUGUUCAGCCUCAGCCAAAACUUGUUGAAAAUUAUGCCCUAAAAAUCUUGCUCUUAAAAUAGAGCAGAGAGAUAAAGAGAAUUUUUGUCGAGAGAUUUCCAUUUAUUAUCUCCCCCACCCCUUGGAGAAGGAUUGGUGUCAGUUUUUGCUCCUCAGGCAGAUCUUUUUUUUUUUAGGUGGAAAAACAUAUUCCAGGUCAUGGUUAAUAGGUAAAAAUUGGGAGAAAUAGAAUCAGACUCCUGUUCUCAUCGCACCCUCUUGACGGACCAGAUCUUGGUCCUAUUAACAUCUUCACUGUUUGUAACCUUUUCAGUUCGCCAACUACCUCCCCACACACUUUCUCCACCUUUAUUAUUUCUUUGAUGUGUUGAUCUCUGUUUUUUUUUCUUUCACUAAGGCCAUUUUCUUCACUCUGCUUCUCCCCCUGUUGUUUCAAAGCUUAUGAGCUAUUACAGAAGAAAAAUACUCACCCUAUACAUUUUGCAGGAUAUUUAGAAACAUAAUUGAGAUAACUGUAGUCCCUUUUUCUUAGCUAGUCAUUUUUUUAGAGGUGAGAAUGAGACAGUACCAAUAAUUAUAAAUUGAGCUAAUUGUGCAGAAAGGAAUUUUUCAUCCAAGUCACUUUUUAUUGUACUGGUGAUGUGGAAAUUCUACUCGAAUUGAACGACCUUUAUUAUAUUUUAAUACUGAAAAUGUAGCACAGAUGAAGGCAAACAAAUUUGUGAAGAAAAAAUCAUAAAUGAGUUAGAAAAGUUAGAAAGAGAGUAUGCCAAGGGUUUGAAUGACUAGAACUGCAGCUUCAUGAAGUCAGGACAUCAGCCAGUAACCAUGAUGUUGACAUAACCAUAUUGACAUAUUCCUUACACCCUUUGCACCCAUAUACCUUGAUCAGCAAAAAGAAAAAGGAAAAAGAAAGGGAGGGGGAAACUUACCUAGAAAUUCAUUACAUCUCUUUCGGGUCUGACAUUUUUUUAAAAGAUUUAUUUAUUUAUGCACACAACAGCUAGGGUACAGGCCAGAGAUGCAGGGGGUGAGAGGAUCCACCAGAGACAGAGUGGGGAACAGAACGGGCAGAUUGACUGAAAUACACUGCGUGUGAGACGGGAGGCGGGUGAGAUGGGAGAAGUCUGCUGUGCCAUGUGGCUGCACCCUGGCAUGCCAGGGAUCGAACUUGUGCUGCAGAGGCUGCGGAUCGCUUCAUAGUGCGGUGCCCAACCCCUUGCACCACCAGGGAGGUCUGCUGACAUUUUUUUGAUGCGUUCUAUAACAAAGAUUAUUUCCUGCCUUCUUAUUUAUUUACUAUGUGUCAGCAUUGUGGAUGCUGUAAAGGAUAAUACAAUCAUAGUUCUGCCCUCACUUGGCUUACUGUGAGAUAGAAGAAAUAGUAAUGAGUAAAAAAGCAAUUGCAAAGGAAACUUAAAGGCUGACAGGAAAAUAAAACAAAACUGGAGUGGAUCUUUCUACUGAAGAAACAUAAUAGCUUGUACAAAGGACCCAAGAUAGGAAAGUAAGUGGUCUUUUCUACUUCCUAAACAAGGAUACUGUGGCUGGGCCUAAGGGGUAGUCACUGGCAAGCAGGACAGGAUGGAACUGUAAGCAGGGCCUAACUACAUCCUUCAGGACCUUAUAAGUCAGGGUUAGGAAAGUGACUGCAGUUCUGAGCGCUGCUGCAGACUGGCCACCUUGAUAAAUGAAAUUGAUGGCCACAAAUUUAAGGUCAAACUAAUGGGCUUAGUUGUCUGAUUUUUCUUCAGCAAACUUCACUAACUUGGAUACAGAUCAGUGAAAAUGGGUAGCCAUGUUCUCGCAGGACUGAAGUUUUGCCAGAUGGAUGCUGCCAGGGGAAGCAGUUGGUUUUAAAGAGAAAAGAGACAUCAUCAGAUUCCUAUUUGAAGAUGACCUUCAGUUCCUUGUGGAGAAUAGUUUGGGAAGGAACAAUAGAGAAAGGAGAGAGACCUGUUGGAAAAUGUGUGCAGAGUUCGGAUGAAAGAUGAUGCAGACCUGAAUUAGGCUGAUGCCAAUGGAGAAAGAUUUAAGAAAUAUUUUGAAGAAUAAGCAUUGGUGUUGGAUUUUAUGUCAAAGUGUCUUACUGCUCAAGACGGGUCCACAGUCCGGCAGUAUUGGCUUCACCUUAUUAGAAAUGCAUAACCUUGAGCUCCGCUCCAGACUUAUUGAAGCAGAAUCUGUGUUUUAACAAGAUUCUCAGGAUAUUCCUGGUUGGUCUUGGAACAGAUUAUAUCAUGGAAUCAAUCUCUAUGAUGGGAAGCCCUAAGAGCCUGAGUGAAACUUUUUUGCCUAAUGGCAUAAAUGGUAUCAAAGAUGCAAGGAAGGUCACUGUAGGUGUAAUUGGAAGUGGGGAUUUUGCUAAAUCCCUCACCAUUCGACUUAUUAGAUGUGGCUAUCAUGUGGUCAUAGGAAGCAGAAAUCCUAAGUUUGCCUCUGAAUUUUUUCCUCAUGUAGUAGAUGUCACUCAUCAUGAAGAUGCUCUAACAAAAACAAAUAUAAUAUUUGUUGCAAUACAUAGAGAACAUUACACCUCCCUGUGGGAUCUAAGACAUCUGCUUGUGGGUAAAAUUCUGAUUGAUGUGAGCAAUAACAUGAGAAUAAACCAAUACCCAGAAUCUAAUGCUGAAUAUUUGGCUUCAUUAUUCCCGGAUUCCUUGAUUGUCAAAGGAUUUAAUGUAGUCUCAGCUUGGGCGCUUCAGUUAGGACCUAAGGAUGCCAGCCGACAGGUUUAUAUAUGCAGCAACAAUAUUCAAGCUCGACAACAGGUUAUUGAACUUGCCCGACAGCUAAAUUUCAUUCCCGUUGACUUGGGAUCAUUAUCGGCAGCCAGAGAGAUUGAAAAUUUACCCCUGCGACUGUUCACUCUCUGGAGAGGGCCAGUGGUAGUAGCCAUAAGCCUGGCCACCUUUUUCUUUCUUUACUCUUUCGUCAGAGAUGUGAUACAUCCUUAUGCUAGAAACCAGCAGAGUGACUUUUACAAGAUUCCUAUUGAGAUUGUGAAUAAAACCUUGCCCAUAGUUGCCAUUACUUUGCUAUCCCUGGUAUACCUCGCUGGUCUCCUGGCAGCUGCUUAUCAGCUAUAUUAUGGCACCAAGUAUAGGAGAUUCCCAACAUGGUUGGAGACCUGGUUACAGUGUAGAAAACAGCUUGGAUUACUAAGUUUUUUCUUUGCUUCGGUCCAUGUUGCAUACAGCCUCUGCUUGCCAAUGCGGCGGUCAGAGAGAUACCUGUUUCUCAACAUGGCUUACCAACAGGUACAUGCAAACAUUGAAAACUCUUGGAAUGAGGAAGAAGUUUGGAGAAUUGAAAUGUAUAUCUCCUUUGGCAUAAUGAGCCUUGGUUUACUUUCCCUUCUGGCAAUCACUUCCAUCCCUUCAGUGAGCAAUGCUUUAAACUGGAGAGAAUUCAGUUUUAUUCAGUCCACACUUGGCUAUGUCGCUCUGCUCAUAAGUACUUUCCAUGUUUUAAUUUAUGGAUGGAAACGAGCCUUUGAAGAAGAGUACUACAGAUUUUAUACACCACCAAACUUUGUUCUUGCUCUUGUUUUGCCCUCAGUUGUAAUUCUGGGUAAGAUUAUUUUACUUCUUCCAUGUAUAAACCGAAAGCUGAAGAGAAUUAAAAAAGGCUGGGAAAAAAGCCAAUUUCUAGAAGAAGGGAUUGGAGGAGCAGUUCCUCAUCUCUCACCAGAGAGGGUUACAGUAAUGUGAUAAUAAAUGGUGCUCACUGAGGUCAUAUAAAGUUCUCCUCAUGCCAUUAUUUUUAUGACUUCCUCUAUGUUGCAUUUGCACUGUUGAUAUGGGUUGAAGCCUGUUCAAUGAGCUCUCUACUCAAUUAGCAGUAGAAUUUUCUCCAAAUUAAUUUUCACAACUGUCACUUUGUGAAUAUGCAAUUUUGUAAUCAACUUGUUGAAAUUUAGGUAUGUUUUGUUUUGGAAAAUUGUAACACGAUUGUUGUUUGAACAAACUACCGUCCAUAAUCAGGCAAAAGUAUCUAUAACUAAUAAUAUAGAGGUAAUCUGUUAAAAAAGUAACAAACCAGCAGAACUUUAAGUUUUAACAUAAUUUGAUGGAUGUGGGAUUUUUCCUGAAGCUUAAGUAAUGUUUUGAUUAUCCAAUGUUAGAAAUAGAAAUGUAUAAAUCACUUUUAAGAAGGGAUACAUUACGUUAGCAUCUAGGUAAUGAUAUACAUUCUUAUAUUUUUCUCGUAAGAUAGAAUUUGAAGAAAGUAAUUAAUUGUCUGAGCCAAUGCGAAUAUAUGAGUAACCACAAGUUAAAAAGACAAAUUGAACCUGAAAUUAUAUUUAAAAUAUAUAUACUAAUAAUAAUUACAAAGAUUUUAUUCUUGUUACAGAGCAGUUUCAUUGCAUGUUAAUUAUUGCAAAUUAAUAAUUUGCAAUUAAAUUAGCAAAUCAAUCAAGAAAGGCAGUACUAUUUGACCUACAGAACUGACUUUUCUAAUAUAGUACCAAUCCCGAGUAUCUUUUCAUUGUUCUAGUUAGAGGGAAAGUGUUAAGUUUACAUACAAAUAGUUGUUUGUCAAUUAAUCUAUGUUGCUGCACCUUAGCCUUGUCAGCACUCUGCUGUAGGAUUUUCCUGAUACUCAUAGAUGGCAACAGGCCAGGGACUGUUCUAAGUACUUUACUUGUAUUAUCCCAUUUAAUACUUAUAUUAAUCCAGUGACAGAGGUGGUAGUUAUCUUUUUUUUCCCUUAUCCAAAAGGGUAGAUUUAUUAUAUUAAAAAUGGAAGAUGGGCCUCUCUGGUGGUGCAGGCGGUUGAGCACAGCGCUGUGAAGCUGUCUGCAGCCUUUGCAGUGUGGGUUCCAUCCUGGCCGGCCGCAGAGAUACCCACAUGGCGCAGCAGACCUCUCCUGUCUCACCUGCUGCUCCCCUCAGCAGUAUAUUUCAGUCAGUGUGCUGGUUCUGUUCCCUGCUCUGUCUCUGGUGAAUCCUCUCACCCUCCUGCACAUCUGGCCUGUACCCUGGUUCUUGUAUAAAUAAAUAAAUCUUUAUUUUUUUUAAAAAAAAGAAGCUACACCAACAAUAAAAAAUAAGUAAAAAGGGAAAGGAAAGAAAAGGACAGGACACUUGCACAGACACAAGCAGGCAGUAAGAGCCUGAAAAGGACAGGUUUGUUAGGGAAAGGAGAAAGAAAAAUAGGCUUCUGCAGAGUCACAGGCAGACAGGAGAGUUGCCUAUCCUUAUUUUCUUCUUUAAAUAUUUAUGUAUGCAUACAAGAACUGGGGUACAGGCCAUAGGUGUGGGGGUGAGAGGAUUCACCAGAGACAGAGCAGGGAACAGAACAGGCAGAUCGACUGAAAUACGCUGCUGAGGGGAGCCGCGGGCAAGUCAGGAGAAGUCUGCUGCGCCAUGUGGGUAGCUCCCUGGCCCGGGAUUGAACUCAUGCUGCAGUGGCUGCAGAUAGUUCACAGGUUGCUUCUUAGCCUCUUGUGCCACCAGGGAGGCCCUGCCUAUGCUUAUUUUAUGAGAAAACUGAAGGCCAGAAAAGUUAAGUAAUUUGAACAAGGUCACACAGUAAGUGAAAAAGCCAGAAUUCAAGUCCAGGCAGUCAUCAGAGGCUACAGUUUUAAUCACUGGACCCUGCUUCAUCCCCAUGCUUAGGUCCAGGAAGACACAUCGAGAUGCAUCCUCCUCUAUAAAAAGGCAUUGACUUAAGAGUGGGUAGUGGGCAUCAAAAGAUAUGUGAACACAUUGCAAUAUAAACAUCUUAUUGCUCAGCAGCUAAUCCUUAAUUACCUUGGGGGAGAAUCUUGCCUGGGACAUGACCCCAGAAACCCAUGGUAGGCCAUAGGUCUCCAUGUACAAUGAGUAGUUUUAAUAAAUUGCUGAGGUUCUGUAGAAUCUUUAAAAGUCCCUGUACAGUUGGUCUUGGCCUUUUUUCUUCCUGAAAAGUUCUGCUGUCUGCUCAACCAUUCAUUAGGAAACAAUUUGCAAGCACAGAGAAUAUUAGGAUAAGUGGUUAAUUAUAACCUACUCUGGAGACAUAUAAUCAUACAAAUUAUUCUUAAAAUUUUUCAGUGCUGACAUUCCACAUUAAUAUUGCAUUAUGCUCAAACUUUGGUUAGCAUACCUUACAACUUUCUUUCCAUUUGCUCUUUCCUUAUUAAAAAAUAAAGUUGGAGACAAGAUACAAUAUUAUGUAUUUCUCUUCCUGAUAUUAUAACAUUUUUAAAUUUGCUCAAUGAGGUACUACUGAAUCCAGCUGCAAAAAUAAAAGGACUUUUAUUUAGUGGAGACCAACUUUCCCACCAAUGUUUCUUACUCUGCCUUUGCGUUGUGUCACUUUGGUAAAUCACACAUGAUUCUCUGAUAUUGUUAUGUUGAUGGAUUUUAAUAUCUUACACUUCAAAGUUGAGCACUCCUUUUAUUCAUUUUAAUUAUAUUCUCUUAGUAAUCAUUUGUCAGUUUUUACUAGGAAUUCCAUUAGGUGAUAAGUUUAAAGGUAAACACCUAUAAACUACUGUAGGGGACUAGUGAACUAGUGAACUAACAGCGUAUUUCCAAUGCUUUCUUAUUCCUUAUUCUCUUAAGAAUAUGCUUUCAACAUUUAAUGUGAAAAUACAGUGAAAUAUUUUUUAAAAAUUAGAUGACUAUUGAAGUAUAUUGUUGCAUGCAUAUAUUAAGUAUCCAAUAAUACAUAUAAAAUUAUUAUUACAGAUAAAUGGGCUCUUUGAAAAUAUGCAAAGAGUUUAUGAAAAUGUAUGAAAGACAUAACUUGUUUCAAAUGGUAAUACCUUCUUUUCCAUGUUACAAAAAUGAAGCAGUUUUGAAGUUUUAGAUUAAAUGUAAUUUACCCAUUAUAAUUCUAAAUGUUUAAAAGCUUUUUGACAAACGCAAAAUUUUUAGAAAUUGCUUUACUUAUUGACUUUAAAUUCCUACCUGAUUAUUUUUCUUAUUCAUUAUUUUUCAAAAUCUUUUUUUUAAGUCAUUAUUUUGGCCUAAAACGACUGAAUUCUGCUCCUGCUAUAUGUGGAAAUGUUGGAACAUUCAAAUAGCAGGAAUUUGUUAGCUGAUCUGUACUGGAGAAGUACCCCUGCGAAAAUUAUAAGAAUGUAAAAAUUAUACCCAGUCUAAUCCUAUGCAAAAAAACAAGUAAUUUCUCCUAAGAGGAAAAUAACCAUGGAUUAAACCAUGCUUCUCAGCUUUUGUGUACAGAUUUUGUCUCCUGUAUUAAGAAUAUUUAAAUUCAUGUUUAAAUAAGAAUAUAUUCAUGCUGACAUAUAUUUUUCAGAACAUAUAUGGAAAUUUAGCCCAGACUGUCUACAUGUAGAGAUUUUUAUUUAGAUUUAAAAAUAUUUUAAAGUAUGAAUAAAUUAUAUUUAUAGGUAUUUAUUGGAGAUAAUUAUUUUGUUCUACAUACAGGAUUGGCUAAUAAGCUCCAGUGUUGAGCUGAUUAAUUUCUUAUAAAUUAGCAUAAUCUUGACUUGAUUAAGGAACUUUACUUUCAGUGUUAAUUUGAUAAUAGUAAACUGAAGCUAUAUUUAUAUUUACACUACAGUCAAAUUACAAAAAUUAUUUGUGUAAAAAGGGCUUCAAGAAUAUAUCAUAUCCAAUUUUUGUAGUUUAUUUCAUGUAAUAUGAUAAAACCUUAAUUUUUUUAAUUGUCUUUUGCCAUUAAGUUAUUUCAUAAAAAUUCUGUACAGUGUUUUCCCCCAAAAGAGAGGCUUGUGAAAUUUAAGGUUUCUUACAUGAUUUUUUAAAUAGGUGUCAAAAACGUAAUUCAUCAGUAUUUCGUCAGGAAUAUUAUGAACACUGAACCUGUGCCAGCCUAUAAAAUGUUUUGAAGUAUUUAAACAGCCUAAAAUGUCAUGUUGAAUUUAUUUUGUAAAUUCAUUACUUAAACCAGUGUUACACUUAGUUUGGCCCAACGCAGUCCAAUGUUAAGAAUCAUAUUUGUGAUACUGUCUUGAAAACAAGAUGUUCCACACUCAAUUGUGCAUAAGUUAGUAAAACAAAUUGUUCAUAAGUCAGCAUAUAUUCAUUUCAGUAUGGAAACACAAUUUAUUCAUACCUUUAAACAGUGAAUUUUACAGGAUGAUAGUUUCUUCAAUUUUUUUUUAAUGUGAGAAAAUUACAAAGUUUUUGCUGUUCAGAUUCUGUACAUAUGAUAUGUUCAUUUCAACUUAACGCACAUACAUACUGAUUUUUUUUUUUUAACUUUACAAGUCAUUGGAUUUCCAUUGUGUAAUCAUCCAAAAUUAGGGCAAGCUACAUGGAUUCAUCAUCCAGUAGCUGCAUGUGCAAAAUUAAAUCCAAAUCAGGUACUUUAUUUGAUUUCCAAAUUGUCCGCUUCAAAAAGGUAUUCUUUCAAGAUUUUUAUUAAGGGUUCUUCACAGCUUUCCAGAUAUCCAGUCUGAACAGGUACUGAAAGUUGUCUACUAAUGUCUAUUUACUCUGCUUUAAAAGCUGCCACCCAUCACAUUCCUCAGCUGUCCUUGAAGUUAGGUGUAUCCAGGAGACUAAGUUUCUGCUGGUGAAAUGUACAGGGACUGGGAUAUAAGUGUGACUUGGUACAAGUCUCUUCAAAGGAAAGCAGUGGCUAUUCAUUAUCUUAUUCCUCCAUCUUGCUGCCAGGAUGUGCAUAUGAUACUAGGAGUCCUGGCAACUCUGUAAGGCCAAGAGAGGACCAAAGUCACAUCCUACUGGAGGAAGGCUAGAGACUGAAAAAAUCUUAAGUAGUUUACUACUUCGACUGCCCUUUCCUGUAUGCAAGCCACUGUAAAUUUGAGUUUUCCUGUAUAAAGUCGUAACUAUUCAUGUCUGGCCUUCAGUUCUUUGUCAUGAUGCUAUUUAACACUGUUUGAAUAAACUAAAUUGCAAUAAUUCUUACUUUUAAAAGC